AUGGCUACCAUGGCCUCGGAGAAGCAGGACAUCGACGCCGAGUCGCACCACGUCGAGGGCAACGCUAAGAUCCAAGGCAUGACCGGGGAUCUCAAUAUGACGGGCUCGGACUACAACAUGGCCCUCUUUGUAUUCUUCAUUCCCGCUGGCAUCGUCCCUGGGUGCAUCUACCUCAUCAGCAUGUACUACAAGCGAUACGAAGUCCAGUGGCGCAUGUCUCUCUUCUUCUGCGGCAGCAUCAUCGCGGGUGCCUUUUCCGGACUUUUAGCCUUUGCCAUUGCCAACAUGUCCGGUGUAGGCGGCUACGAGGCAUGGCGAUGGAUUUUUAUUCUCGAAGGCUUGAUUACUGUCGUCGCUGGUGUCAUCUCUUACUGGUGGAUUCCAGACUGGCCCGAAACCGCCAAGUUCCUCAAUGAUGAGGAGAGGUCUAUGCUCAUCAGCCGACUUUCACAAGACGUCGGAGACGCCAGGAUGGAUCAUCUUAACAAGGCCUCGUUCAGACGCGUCGCCAAGGACUGGAAAAUAUAUCUUGGCACUCUUGCCUACUUUGGCGUUCUCAACACUGGAUAUGCGGGCUCGUUCUUUAUUCCCACGAUCCUGAACGAGAUGGGGUUCAAGGCCGAGGAAGCGCAGGUUCGCACCAUCCCGGUCUACGUAGUUGCCACCGCGACCUGUCUCGGGGCAGCCUACCUCGCGGAUCGCUUACGGCACCGCUUUACCUUCACGAUCGUGGGUAUAUGCAUAGCCACGGUCGGCUACGUCCUUCUCAUCUGUCAAGGCAACCUCAGCGUCGGGGUCAAAUACUUUGCUCUCUUCCCCAUCGUCGCCGGUGGGUAUAUCACGCAACCUCUUAUCCUCGGAUGGUUGUCGAACAGCGUUAGUGGCCACUAUAAACGCUCCAUCUCGUCUGCAGUUCAGAUCGGUGUCGGUAAUCUCGGUGGCAUCCUCGCCUCGAAUGUUUUCCUUCAAAAGGAGGCGCCGGUAUAUAAGACUGGCUUGUGGGUCAGUCUCGGCAUGAUGUGGCUGUGUGGUCUUAGCUGCAUCGUCUUCUACUUUGGUGCGGUGAGGGAGAACCGGAAGAGGGAUAGGGGUGAGCGGGAUUGGCGGCUUCAAGAGCCUGACAUUGACAAUAUGGGCGAUGACCACCCAAGCUGGCGAUAUGCCACCUAA